AUGGCAGCUCCUUCGUCAGCUACAAAUAACGCCCCGGAUGGAGAUGGAGUGCGGCGUCAAGAUGGUCAAGAGCGCGCCGUCGGCAUAGCUGCCUUCGUUCGGCCUGACGCCCCAGGCUUCUCGUGCACCGUCAAGCAUCGAUAUACCGACUUUCUUGUCAACGAGAUCCUACCGGGAGGCCAGGUCUUGCACCUCACGGGAAUCUCGGGCAAUGAAGAGGGCAAGAGGAAGAGAGAUGCAGAUAAGGACGCCUCCAGGAAGAAACUGAAGUCAGAAGGUCAGGGUCAAUUGGCGCCGAACAAGGCGUUGUCGGUCGAGGGCACUACUGAAGCUGCGCCGAACGCAGCGGCUUCUGUAACAUCGCCAGAAUCAUCUACUGCUGAAGCUGCUGAGGCUUCGAUCAAGGCCAUGAAAGCUGCAGCCAUUGCUAGCAUAUCUGAUGCAGAUAAGAGCGUACUCAAAGAUGUCUUUGGCGAGCAAGGUACUUCUGAACUUCUCAAUCUUUAUGCUGCCGUGGUCGCACACCCAGAUCGCAAACCUCGGGAUCAUCACACUGUCAGAUCACAGCCCAUUGCCGAAAAGUCAAAGCGAACAGAAGCCCACGUGUGCAUUCGUCGUAUCUUCAACUCGAGACUUGAGACUCUUACCGUUCAGGACCAAGACCACCAGUCUGGGCCUGGUACCAUCAUAUCCAUCAAGGCGGCUCUCCCAAGAUCUGCCGUGAACCAGACCGGCGACAAAAGCAAUCGGGAAGGCCAGCGAGGUAAGGUGGACUGGGCAGAGCUAGGUGGAGAAUAUAUCCAUUUCAGUCUUUACAAAGAGAACAAGGACACCAUGGAAGUACUCAGUUUCCUCGGCUCGCAGCUGAAGUUGCAUCCCAAACACUUCAGCUUCGCCGGCACAAAGGACCGCAGAGCAGUCACUGUGCAGCGUGUCGCCGUCCACAGAAUGAAACGUGAGCGGAUGGAGUCUCUGAAUCGCAUGGCACGAGGAUGGAGGCUCGGCGGGCCUUGGGAAUACAAGACCACGCCGUUGGAACUGGGCAUGCUGACCGGCAAUGAGUUCUUACUCACACUACGCAACGCUAGAUUUGACGGGGAAGAUACGACCUGGAGUAUGGAGAAGAAGCUAGAGCACGCCAGAAGAGUCGCUGAGAAGGCUGCUCAGAGCCUGAGUAGCUCUGGCUACUUGAAUUAUUUCGGACUCCAAAGAUUCGGUUCUUAUCAAAAUGGCACCCAUGUCGUUGGCAUGAAGAUGCUGAAAGGUGACCUCAAGGGCGCUUGUGAUGCAAUCAUGGCCUACGAUGAAUCUCUGCUGGACCAUGCCGGGAAAGAUGUGGAGACCAGUGACCUUGAGAAUCGCUCGAAAAUUCCGCAAGAGGACGUGUGGCGCGCAUCGGGGAUUCACGAGUUCCACAAGUCCGGCAACUCGAAACACGCAUUGGACCAGAUUCCCAAGCGGUUCAAUGCGGAGCGAGGCAUAAUCACGCAUCUUGGGAAGCGGGAUCGCAAGACUGGAGCCAGGCCGAACCAGACUGACUACCAGGGCGCUCUGAUGCAGAUCCAGCAGAACUUGAGAUCCAUGUACGUUCAUGCCUAUCAAAGUUUCGUGUGGAAUACCGUCGCUAGUAAGCGUCAAGAGAUCUUCGGAGAGAAGGUAGUUGAAGGUGAUCUUGUCGUCGUCGGCGAGAAAGAGCGGGAAGAGGGUACCUCGACGACCGGUGGAGCUCUGAAAGAGGAAGUUGACGAGGACGGCGAACCAAUCGUUCUUCCAUCUGCCACAGGAGAGAACCCCGGUGGCGCUUCAGGACUUGUCGGCGACCCGAGCGAUCCAUACCUCCGAGCACGACCUUUGACGAAAGCAGAGGCAGAAAGCGGACGCUUCCAACUGUUUGACGUCGUCCUUCCUCUGCCUGGCUUCGACGUCGUAUACCCAAGCAAUGAGCUUGGCAAGUAUUAUGAGGACUUCAUGGCUUCUGAGGAGGGUGGCGCACUCGAUCCGCACAACAUGCGCCGGGCUUGGAGAGACGUUUCGCUUCCGGGAGGCUACCGCAAGGUCAUGUCGCGGCCAUUAAAGGACGUGGAAGUGGAGGUGAAGGCAUACGCGGGUGGUGAAGAGCAAAUGGUGCAGACAGAUCUCGAGAGACUGAAGAAAGGCGACGAAACGGAUGCGGUAGAUGAGAGGCAGGAGACGAAUGGAGGUACAGCGGCGAAGGACAAGAUCGCGGUGAUUUUGAAACUGCAGCUGGGAAGCAGUCAGUACGCGACAAUGGCUGUGAGGGAGUUGACCAAGGGAGGCGGCGUACCUUACACCCCUGACUUUUCUCUGGCAAGAAGAUAG